AUGUAUAAAGUGUGUCUAAAAGAACCAGAUCCCGAUAGCUGUAUGGAAGUUGAAUAUUCAAAUGUAGAUAACCAAGAUCCAGGGAAACCGAAUUUACCAGCUAUACUGAGUUCUGACACAACAAUGUCCCUAUUGAAACCGGAUCCUAAAAGUUGUAUGGAACUAGAAUGUCUUGUUGAAAAUAUGGAAGAGGAGCCAGAGAGAAAGAAUUUACUGGUUUUACCUAGCUUUGAAAAAGAACCUAAAAUAGAUGCAAGUAGUUUUGAGAAAACUGAACAUUCGAAAAUUGAUGUAGUUAUUGGAGAAGAAGAUAAAUCAAACGUAUCGAUUGUUCUAAAUACUUCCAAUGAUAUAGCAGAAAUAGAUGCAAGUAGUUUUGAGAAAACUGAACAUUCGAAAAUUGAUGUAGUUAUUGGAGAAGAAGAUAAAUCAAACGUAUCGAUUGUCCUAAAUACUUCCAAUGAUACAGCAGAUGUUGAGUCUCCUGAUAUCUAUGAAUCUGUUAAUAAUUUACAAUCAGUUUCGCCAAUGUUUAAAAAUGAUCCAGUUUUAUUUAUGAAUAAAUCAAUCACACCUGGAUUGAAGUUAAUUCAAUUAGAAAUGGGUCCAUGCCAACCAGUUGCUACCGAUUUACCCAAUGGUAAAUUUCCUAAAGAUGAAUCAAAUCCACCACGUUCGUUUUCAACAUCAUAUUAUACAAAGUUGGUUAAUGGAAAGUCUGAACAUCGAUCGUGGAUUACAUACUCGCCUUCAAUGAAUAGAAUUUAUUGCUGGACAUGCAAACUGUUUGGUUCUAUUAGAGCUCAAAAAAACUCUUUUGUCACUACAGGUUGCAAUUCAUGGGGACAUUUAGGUGGUUUAUAUGGUCGAAUUCAUUUACAUGAAACUUGUAAAGAUCACUUAGAAGCUGAAUUAAAUAAAAUAAUGUAUAUAAAUAAUAAUCGUGUUGAUAUUCAGUUAAUGAAUUCUAAUAAUAAGCAUGUUGCAAUGAAUAGAGCAGUUGUGCAUGUAUUAAUGGAUAUAGUGUUAUGUUUAUCCAAACAUAAUGAUGCAUUCAGAGGCCAUACUGAGUGUUUAACUAAUGGUACAAGUGGAAAAUUUCUAGAUUGGGUCAACGUUUUUGCCAAACAUCAUACAAUUUUAGCUACACACUUGGAAAAUAUUAAAUCAUCAAAAAAAAAACAAAGAUUGACAUUUCUAUCUAAAUCAUCACAAAAUUCUAUGCUCAACUGUAUUGCUGAAUCGAUCCGUGAAACUAUUUUAAAGGAAGUGAAAGCGGCUGGAAUGUAUUCACUUAUACUGGACUCUACAACGGAUGUGUCAAAGCUCGACCAAUUUGCUUUUGUAUUGAGAUAUUGCACAAACGAUGGGCUUAUAAAAGAGCGAUUAAUUUGUGUUGAUGAAACAGUAGAUUCAACUGGAAAUGGGAUGUAUGAGUUAUUUUGUAAAGUAUGUGAGAAAUAUAAUUUAAAUUGGAGGCAUGAUCUGAUUGGACAAGCUUAUGAUGGGGCAUCUAAUAUGCAAGGAGCUGUAAAAGGAUUACGCUCAUUAAUACAAAAUGAAAAUAAAAGUGCACUACAUGUAUGGUGUAGUGCACAUUGCUUAAAUUUAGCGGUUGUUGAUUGUUGUGAAGCAACUGAAUGUGCACAAGACUUUUUUGGUACAAUUAGUAGUUUGGUUAAAAAGUUUUUCUGCUACGAGAUGGACAUACCAUGA